UUAAGAAUUAUGGAGUGGAGAAUCAAAACGGUUAUGAUAAAUACGAUUCCUGGAAUUUCAAUCCAUUUCAGACUAAAAUUUAACAUAAACAGAUCAAUGGAAAAGUAUUCGGUUUAUGUUCAAAUGAUGAAACUAUACAAGAGAUUGAUAUAAGACUUUUGACAAGUUGAAGUUUGUUACCACCUAAAGAAUUUUCUAAAUUAAGAUUUAUCGAAUUUUCCCACAAACUAUUUCGUAAAAUAACGGGUGUUUCUGCGCGUGAAUAUGGCUAAUAAUGAUGACAUCACAGUGAGUGUUGCAGAAAUAGAGAAAAUUAUUGCUGAGUUUGAAGUUCUGUUUAAAGACAGAUACACAGAUGCAGAUGCUGAUUAUGUUGCCAUGACAACCAAGCCUGUUGGUCCUCCACCAUGUGUUGAAAACUGGUACACACGACCUAAAAGAACAUUUGAUUGGACAAAUCAACGAGGAGACAGAGGUAGGGGGCGUGGAAGAGGUUACUAUGGCCACCAGGGUCAGAGGUCACAUGACAACUACAACAGGAAUAACAGGGAUUAUAGAGACCAAGGUCAAGGUCAUCAAGGCAGGGUUCACUAUGCAGGUAGAAGACAAGACUAUGAAGGUCAAGGUCAUGGACAAAAUAGAUACCAGCCCUAUGGAAGGAGAUGAUGGUUGGAACAUUAUACAAGACACCAGAGUGCAAUUAACUCUCAUUGAAAUAGAGAAUGACUCUUAAAGGCAGAACCUUAAUGAAAUUUGAAACUGUUGUUACUGUAAUGGGGUAUGAGUUGUUACCAUGGUGGUGGUUAUCUAUGGUAACUACAUAACUGAUCACAUCAAGUUGUUAGCCUUUGAAAGGUGCAGCAUCACCAACAUGCAAAUAUCAAUGUUUUUGCUAUAAAUUAAGCAAUAACAUGGUCUACAAGACCUGUGAUAAAACAUAUAAGUGACAUUAUUAUCACAAAAUUAUUGUCAUUGUUGGUUUCGUAAAAUAUGUUUCAGAAUUGUUUCUAUAUGUUAGAUAAAAAAUUAUCAAAAAUAAAUGUAACGGAGGGGGAGAACUGUGUCUUUAAGACAUAUGAUAAGAGAUGUAACUUGACUUUAUUUCCGAUAACUCC